AUGACAACUGGGGUCUUAACAUUUGGAUCAAUCGAUCCAGCUUUCGCAGCAAAAUCCGGAGGCCGUGCCGGUGGUCAGGCGUUUCGUUCUGCCCCAAAUCAAUCAACACCUCAUUCAUCUUCACCAAGAAUCAAUAACUCAAGAACCAAUAUUUACAUCAACCCACCGGUUGCACCACCGCUGAUCGGUGGAUACGAUUAUGGGUAUGGUGGUUGGGGGUGGUCGUCAUUUUCAUUCUUUACACCUGGGCCUAGUGUGGCUAUGGGAGUCGGCGGUGGGUUUAAUACCUUGGUGUUGUUUAUGCUUCUUGGUGUUGCGGCAUCUAUCGUUAGAAGGCUCUUUAGAUCCAGAAAUGAUUAUGGCGAUGAAGAUUACUAG